UAGCGGAGAUUGCCGAGAUUGCCGAAGUGCUAGCCAAGCAAGCGCCAGAGGAUGCUAAGAUGGUGAGUGGCGGCGAAGGCGAAGAGAUCACGGAUGCUGCGGAUAAGAAAAAAAAGAAGAAGAAGAAGAGCAAGAAGAAGGGAAUCACUGUGAUUGACUCGUACUAUCCAGAGGGAAUCUAUCCGGAAGGUGAGUGGAUAGAGUACAAAGACGAAAACAACUACCGUACCACCGACGAGGAGAAGAGAUACUUAGACAGACAGAACCACAACACCUGGAACGAAUUCAGAAAGGCGGCAGAGAUCCAUAGAAGAGUGAGAAAGAGAUCCAAGGAUAUCAUCAAGCCGGGUAUGACCAUGAUCGACGUUGCAGAAACCAUCGAAAAUGCCGUCAGAACCUAUUCCGGAGUCGACGGGUUGAAGGGCGGGAUGGGAUUCCCAACCGGUGUGUCGUUGAACCACUGCGCCGCCCACUACACCCCAAACGCUGGUGACAAGACCGUGUUGUCGUACGAGGAUGUGAUGAAGGUUGACAUCGGUGUCCACGUGAACGGGCACAUCGUCGACUGUGCCUUCACCAUGACCUUUGAUGAGAGGUACGACAAGUUGUUGGAGGCCGUGAAGGACGCCACCAACACCGGUAUCAAUGAGGCGGGUAUUGACGUUAGAUUGACGGACAUCGGUGAGCGUGUGGAGGAAGUCAUGGAGUCCUAUGAAGUGGAGUUGGACGGCAAGACUUACCCAGUCAAAUGCAUCAGAAACUUGAACGGGCACAACAUCAAUCAGUACCAGAUUCACGGUGGCAAGUCGGUUCCUAUUGUAAAGAACGGCGACGAAACAAAGAUGGAAGAAGGCGAAACCUUCGCCAUCGAAACCUUCGGCAGUACCGGCAGAGGCUACGUAAUCACCGCCGGUGAGUCGUCGCACUACGCGAAGAAUGUGGACGUCCAGGUCAACCCAGCAGACCUAAAGACGACCAAAGCGAAGCAGUUGAUGGAUACCAUCAACACCAACUUCGGCACUUUACCGUGGUGCCGCCGUUACUUGGACAGAUUAGGCGAAGAAAAGUACUUGUUAGCAUUGAACCAGUUAUGCAAAGCCGGUAUUGUCCAGGACUACCCACCAUUGGUCGACACCGCCGGCUGCUACACCGCCCAGUACGAGCACACCAUCUUGCUCCACCCUACCAGAAAGGAAGUUGUUUCUCGUGGUGACGACUACUAGACGUGUUUUCUUAUUACAUCGCUCACUUAAUGUUAUCUACGAAUUGAAGUAAUGUGAGGGUGAGAAGAGAGGCAAGGGGUGAAUACGAUACCGUGUAUUGAAACUUUAGGAGUUAUAAUGAAAAUAUUGCCAACCGCUUGUCGUGCGGAAGCCCUUGAAAUGAGGCAUGGUUUAUAUUAGAGUAGGCGGUAUUUACCGGUCUAGGAAUAUCUCACUCAAAGUGAAAACUCCAGGAAAUGAGCUUCUCCUGGCUAUGGCUGUUAUGGCAUCCAGUUAGGCUUGAACGGUCAAAAAGCAGUCAACAGCUCAGCCGUGAGAACAAGCUUGCUAUCUGUAUCAUAUUUCACCCUUAGCUGGAUUCAUUUUUCUAUCGACGCUUUCAUAGUUUUAAAAGUAC